UGACGCAGUGGCGUAAUCUUUUGCGGUCUAUCGGUUGCUUUGCGAUUCUUUCACGUAAACGGUAACGUAAAAUGGCGAAUUGGAAUUGUUAUUUACUUGCGCGCAGUAUAACGAAAUAACUUUAGUACUAUCUAAGAAGUAUUUAUUCUUACCGAAUUUGGAACUGUAUAUUUACUUUGUCUUGCACAAACGACGGUUUUAUUGAGCGGAUACUAAUUCGUCGUUCUACAGAUAUGAUAUUGAUGGACUGGUGUAAUCCUGUAUAGUAGUGAUAUUAAUCAAUUCGAUAGUAAUCUGCGUUGACCAACAAAAGAUCAUAUUUGUAAGCAGUUAAGUCUUAAAUAAUAUGGCACAAUAUUAUAAUUUUGUGACCAAUGCCAGUGGUACAUUAACGCUUGAAGAAGUACAGAGAAUUUGUUCUCUAGAGGGGCAAAGUGUUCAAUUAGUUGUUGAAGACGUAAAUAAUGGUGGUAAUGGUUCUCAGCAAUUUUUGACUUGCACCACUGCACCACAAAACAGCGGGCAAGCAAUUUUUUCGCAGCAAAUUAAUUUAGGGAGUCAAAUCUCUGCAACGCAAUUGGAACAAGGACAAAACCUUUUUAUAAUCAAAACAAAUGCAAAUGAUUUAAAUUCAUCUCAAAGUGCUUUGAAAACUACAGCAGUGAAUUCUAGUACUAUUAGUGGGAAUAUUGUAAAUAUUGUGGAUAAUAAAGGUUCUAAGGCUUUAGUAGGUUCUAAUAAUGAUGGACAACAAAUACAAUGGAUAAAAAUGCAGGAAAAUAAUGUUUCGCUAAAUACAGUUUCAAAACAAAAUACAUUAAUAUCAGAAAAAACUCAGACUGCCAAUUUAAAUGAAAAUCAAAAUAAUACUUCCCCUCAAGCUCUUGUUCAUGGACAUUGCGAAUUGCCAUCAUUAAAUACUGCAAUUGUAAAGAGGAAACCACUUAGGUCAUAUCAAAAUAGAAAUCGUCAUUCAACAAAUAGUAUACAAACUGGUUCCUCGUCUACUCUUAAUAGGGUAAAUGUAACAACUAAUAUUGGGACUCCAAUACAAAACGCAAAUGUGUCAAAUGUCAGAGCAUCUUUACCUUCAUUCUGUAAUAAAUCAGUUAGUGCUGUUGGACAAAAUGUGACCCCAAUUCCAACACAAAUACAUAAUUCUUCUAAUACAAUUCAUACAAGACCCCAAACUCCUGCAUUAAUGCAAAAAAAUUCUUUAAAACCUCCACAAUCUAAAAUGGAGCAAACGGCAAGAUUAAAGCAAAUGCAGAAUGAUCAAAGAUUACAAGGAAAUAACGUGCAACGAUUAUCGAAUACUACUUCACAAUUAGCUCAAGGUACAUUAAAUACACAACGGCAACAAGGAACUAUGCAUACAGCACAUCAAAGACAACAGUCAUCAACGCAAUUUCAAAAACAAUCGACUUUAUCACAACAAUCAUCUCUUACAUCCCCUUCUCAAAACGUACAAAGUAUGGAUGUCGAAUCAUCAGAAUCCUCGGCAGGUUUAGAACAAACGAAUCAGCAAAAUGUUCCAUCACAAACUGAUUCGGAAAAUAGCUCAUCUGAAAGUAUCGCCUAUCUUCAACAAGUUAUCGAUAAUCCGACAAAUACCAUAGUUCAACAUCAAAUACAAGGCAACACUGCAAAAAUGUUAGUGACUUUUGCCAAUGGUGAACAGAGAUUAAUUACGUUUGAUAUACCAAAUGAGGAUUGUACGGUUCAAGACUUAUUGGAGCAGGCAAAUAUCAUAUUCUGUGGAUCAACACAGGUUUCUUUAGUUUCUGAUCCUACUUUGGGUAUAAAUUAUAUUGUGGAUACAAGGCCCUCUGCAACUGCUGCACAUGACACAACUGAAAAUGAUAGCUCACACGAUAACUCAAAUGUUAAUUUAGAUAAUUCCCACAGGUACAUUAUUAUUAAAUGUUUCAGUUCACCAGACGAGAAUAGCAACCCUAUUCAACAACACGAGGAGCCUAUAUACUUUGAGGGAAUGCUUGCUGUCUGUUCACACUGUGGCAUCAGUUCAAUCGACUUCAACCGGUGUUUACGGUGUAAAAGAAAAUUACCCAAGGAUGUGAAGUCUAUACCUAUAACAAUGGGUAUACAUGAAAAGAAGGAGACCAUACUAUCUGUUGAUACGUUUUAUAAAAAAAACAAUGAAAGAAACUCAUCAGCAAAAUUGGAAAAAUUGGAACGGGACGGGUCUGUCUAUAAACGUGGAAGGGGAAGAGGAAGAGGUGCUUCAAGACCAAAGCCUAUUCAUAAAGAGCCAGAAUGUUUAACAAUUUCAUCGGAUGAAGAAGAGGAAGGCAAAUCUAAGACAUUGGAGGGCUCUAAUAACAGUACAUUUUCACAUAUUGCAAGUAAUAGUUUUACUGAAGAAAUGGACACCAUUCUUGAAAAGGAACCAGUAAUUACAAACAAUUCUAUUUCUAGCACAAGUUCUGAUUAUUCUAUGGAGAGUGAAGAUAUAAAAGAUAAUUCUGUUCCAUCACCUCAUACUUCUUUGGUGUGUCGGACAGUAAGGAUAGGAUCUUAUAAAUAUAUUCCUCGGGAAAGGGUAUUAAUCUCCCAAAAUGGAGUAAGAUUUGGGGUUCCUUUGUUGGAGGAUGAUAAAACCUUUGUAACGUUAGAAGUUAAAUUACAAGAUCUUGUCAAAGUACUAAUUCAUUUUGGAAAAUCAAUGCCAGUGCUUUUCUUUUAUACCUCUACUAAUACUGGAGCCAUGAUUCGUGAAUUAUUAGGGAUGCAGGAUCCCAAAGGACCAUAUUACGAUCCUGCAGGAAAAGAUCACACUCAUAAGCGGAUAACUUUACUGCCUGAGAAAUUAACUGAGGAAGCAAAAGUUGUGCUUAAAAAUUUGUUCUCGCGGAGACGGUUAUUAGAAGAGUUGAGUUCGAAAGAGGCAAAUGAUAUUCUUGUCCGAGCAUCACCAAAAGAUAGUUUACAAAUUCAAAGUUUAUCGAAGAAAGAUAAUCCAGCGUCUUCAAUGAAUAAUUCUAACAUUAAUGGCGGGAUACAAACAUUAACUGUAUAUCCUCCGCCACCUGCGAAGGGUGGGAUAGCCAUUAACACUGAAGAUUAUUUAUGUCUUGGUGAAGACCAAUUUUUAAACGAUGUAAUUAUAGACUUCUAUUUAAAAUACUUAACAUUAGAAGUCUUGUCGGAAAGUGACCAGCAAAGAACACAUGUAUUUAGUUCAUACUUUUAUAAACGAUUAACAAGUCCACAUACACAGGCUGCUGAGAGUAAUGUUCCACUCUCAGCCGCUGCAAACAGACAUGCAAGAGUACAAAAGUGGUCAAAAAACGUGAAUAUAUUUGAAAAGGAUUUUGUUAUAAUUCCUAUAAACGAACACGCCCACUGGUUUUUGGCUAUUAUUUGUUUUCCUGGAUUGGUGGGUGAAGUGUCUGCAAAUCGUACUCAUUCCGAGGAGAAUGAUGUCCGUAAGACUGUACAAAGAAGUAAAAAACUGAAAGAGGUGAAACUUCAAGCUGUUACGAUUGGAAGCACCACUUUGGCACCUGUCACGGCUACUAUAACUAUAGAUCAACCUGACGAUGGUUCGGAGAGGGAUGAAGCAGAAGGCGAUGAUGAAGAAAUGGAAAUGGAUAGCGAGGAAGAUGAGGAGUCUGAAACUACAGAAGAUAAAAGCCACCUACCAAAAAUAGAGCAGAAUGUGCCACAAGAUAAGAAUACUGUUAAAGUACCGUGCAUAUUAAUAUUUGAUUCUCUUGCGGGAGCAAGUAGAGCACGAGUGGUAGCUACGUUAAGAGAUUACUUGAGCUGCGAAUAUGUCGCAAAAAUGGGAAGUGAAAAAGUAUUUUCGAAGGAUACUAUUAAAGGGGCGUCGUUAAAAGUUCCUCAGCAAUCAAAUUUUACUGAUUGCGGCUUAUAUGUAUUACAAUAUGUGGAGAGCUUCUUUAAAAAUCCCAUAAAAGAUUAUACAUUACCAAUUAAGACAUUGAAAAACUGGUUUCAAGAAAUAACCGUGACACGAAAAAGAGAAGAAUUAUCAAAGCUAUUAAUUGCAUUAAUGAAUGCAACGAAAGGAGAUAAAAAUAUUACUAUUCCUGUUGUAAACUUUCCUACGCAAGAUGGUAAAUUGAAAAAUAAGGCUGAAAACCACGUGGAUAUAAAGUCGAUAAAGUCAGAUGUAGAAGAUAAAAAAAAGUCUACAGUAGAUGGCGAGAAUCGCAUUAGUAACAAUAUGCCAAAUCAAACAGAAAAUAAUGAACCAACUAACGAAAUACUUAAUAGGACUACUUAUCAGAUCAUUCCUUAUUCUCCAUGUACAAGUUCCAGUUCGACUGAAAGUAAUUCAACAGAGAUGUUAACAGAUUCAAAAACUUCUCUUCCGAGAUCGUCAAGUGAAACAAUGUCGUAUCUAAAAUCGAAGCGAAUUCCCAGGUUAAUGUUAAAAACAGAGAAUCAAGACGAUCCCCAAGCGGCCAAAAAGCACAAAGGAGAGUCUUUUGAUUCUUGUAAAUAAAGUUUACUUUCUUUUUUAUAAUGAUAAAAAUUGAAGUUAAUCCACAUUCAUAAACAAACAUGGAAUCAUUUACUUAUGUAAUAAAUGUAGUUAAUACUUCAUAAAACGAAUAAAAACAUCCAAUCAUAACUGUGUA